UUCCCCUCCCUUAAGACUCUUAAUUUGACUCUCACUUUUUAAUUUUAGGAUUAGGAAUUAAUGGGGGUCCUUGUCACAAUAGCGGCUCGAUGAGGGGUCCUCGAGAAAAUUUUGUUGGGAACCCCUGUUCUAGAGAAUUAAGUGCUUUUGUGAUUUAACAAUAUGUACACAUGGCAGAUUUCUCAUGUUCUGAGUUCAGCCCUUGAACAGGUAUGUUUUCACCUCACUGACAUCCAGAACCUAUCUGUGCAGAUGGCAAACUUGUGCCAGUAUGAAUCAUUUCUAACUCAAUCCAGAAGGCAAUUGUGGGCUGAAGUCCCCAUAUGUCUGGAUUGCAGAAAAUAGAUAUGGAACAUAUACGGUAAUACCUUUUGAGAGUUUCUCUGUGGCUGUGCCUUUAAAAAUGCAUUUUCCUUUGUUGGAAGCCUGAAUCUCUUUGUGUCAACUGUGAAUAAAGGUAAACAUAUUCACAGUAGGUGGUGCCAUUGAAUCUUCAAAUAAGAACAUGAUGUGGUCAUGCAGCCUUCUCCCCUGUGACUGACUUCUGUGUAUCAAGUGCUGCAGCCAAGUAGAUGAAGAUUUAUCUUUAGCAGUCAAAGGACUCAUUGCUUCCUAGAAAAAAGAGGGAAUAUAUGCCCCCAUAAAAAUAUGGAGAUGUUAAUUUAGAAUCAAACUAGCAAUUGUUUCAGUUGGAAAGUUCUUUUAACUAGAUCAGUGUAGAGGACACAGGUGCACAAUAUGGAGCUAUAAUUUAUAGUGAAUGUCCCAAGAUGAAAAACAACUUCUGCCAAAACGCAAAUAUCAGCUACAAGGCUCACGAGUAAGAUUUCACAAAUAUUCUGUAAAUCAAGUGAAUGAGACUCAUGUUUCACCUCUUCCUCUGAAAGGCUGCUACAGCUGUUCCCUUGUCAGUGCUAACAUUUGUUAUGGCUAAUAACACUUUCAAUCACAACUAUUUGAGGAAAAUUGAUUUAUUUAGAACCUUCUCUCCUGUGCUGAAAAUACUCUGCCAAGGACAAAAGCUCCUGCAAACCACAGGUUGUUAAUUCCCUGAUGGAUUCUUAUGCAUGUCUCAGCACUGCUUCUUUAUACAUUUUUGAAGGGGCUGUAAAGAAAAAAAAUGAGAUAGGUAAGCUCUUCUUUAUAGUUAAUGUUGCCUUUAUCAUAGCAGUUCUGUAAGUGUUACCCCCUCAAAUUUUUGUAUGUGAAUCAAAAUUGAGUUUCAUGUGCUUUCUAUAGGAUAGAUAAGAUCAGUGGGGCAGUGCUGACAUAACUUCCAAGGUGUCUGUGUUGAGUUUUUGCCUUUCUGACCUACCUACAGAAUCCAUUUUAAUUAGCCACUUCACCAAAUGCCAAAAUUGGUAACUACAGAAUGACACUGCUUGUUAAGCCUACAUUACUGAAAGAAUUGUUAGUACCUUGACAAAAAAAGUAUCUCUCCUGGAGACCAGGCUGAAGAAAAAGAUGGCAGCCUCUUCUCUAUGAAGAGGCUUUGGUCAAAGGACUCUCCUUAACUGAGGUGGUAAGAUUGAAUGUAUCUUUGAAAUCAGUGCUGUUCAGAAAGAUAUCAAGAUUUCAUGACUGGAUCUAACUAGGAAUAAUUCAUAUUCUUGGCUAGUCAGAUUGGGAAAGCCAGUGAACAGCAGAUAUGGUGCUUAGUUUGACUUAGAAAACAAGGAUACACAGUUAACAAUUUUGAAAACCAUCCACACUGGAAUAUUUUUUCCCCAUGAGUUCCUGGAGAAAUGGAUGGAGGAGAAUUUUUCAGCUGAGGCUGAACUCCUAAUGAUAACAUAGAUUUUACUCUUUCCCAUAGUCAGAGCAAUAAAGCACCUCUGCAAAGUUCUUACUAAGCUCAGAAAACCACCCCUAAACUUAUAAGAGAUUCCUUGAAACAUAAAUUUGAACUGUUUCAUAUGUUAAUCUCCCAUAUGUAAGCCUGUAGGCAGGGACUGUCUUCUGAUGGUAAGCCAUUCUGGGAGCCUCUGUGGCUGAAGAGAGGGUACAAAUACUCUAAAUAAAUAAUAAUAGAUAAUAUUUUAGUGGUAAUUAAUUAGUAACUUUGCUAAUAAUGCAGUACUUUAAUAUAAUUAAUUCUACUUCUGCUUUUCCAGGUAACUUGGUGUUGUUUCUGGCUAGCUAACUAAAGUUAAUCUUCCUGUCCGCAUUUUAUCAAAACUGCAAGUCAUUACCUUUUUCUUUGUUGAAGACUUGUUGGGAACAUUUGGAGAUUCAUUCAUCAUCUUGUCCUUGGUUACGUGAAUAUUUUAAAUUUUUACCUCUGAUCUCUAUAACAGAUAAGUAACUUGAAUACUAUUCAGCAGGCUUUAAUAUGGUUCAAACUACUGUAUGGUUUAAAUUUAAAACAAGCAUGGUGACUUGCUUUAAAUUACUAUUUUAAUGUGAGAUGCAAGGUGUGCCAGAGUGUCAAAGUCAGGCAUAGGCAAACUCAACCCUCCAUAAUGUUUUGAGACUACAACUCCCAUCAUCCCUGACCACUGAUCCUGUUAGCUAGGGAUGAUGGGAGUUGUACUCCCUAAACAUCUGGAGGGCCGAGUUUGCCUAUGCCUGGUCAAAGUAGAUGGGGCUGGUGUAUUUUCUGAUCUCACAAAUCCAUAGGUUCUCUUCUCUUCUCAACAGAAGGACACAACCAGUCAUGACUUCCAUAACGGAGCAGGCAGCCAUCAGCAGAUUAAUAAGUUUUCUACAGGAAUGGGACAGUGCAGGCAAAAUUGCUCGAAGCCACAUUCUGGAAAAUUUUAUACUAAGCAACCAAGGCAAGACAGGUCCAGAACUGGAAAUAGAAUUUUCUCAAGGAGCCAGUUUGUUUCUCGCCCGUCUAACUGCUUGGCUCAGGUUGACUUACAUGUAUGGAACGUGCCUAGAGCAACAAUUGAAGUCCAUUGGCAUCUUCCUAUCAGCAGCAAGUGGCCAGCGGUACAUUAUUGAAUUCCUGGAAAUUGGUGGUAUCCUCACAUUGCUGGAAAUACUUGGGCUCAACCAACUGAAAGAGGAGGACAAAAGGGAGUCCAUAAAGCUUCUUCAGUUAGUAGCAAAAUCUGGCAGGAAGUUCAAAGAAAUUAUUUGUGAAAGCUAUGGUGUACGAUCAAUUGCUGAGUUUUUGGCCACCUGCAAGUCAGAAGAGACUCAAGAGCAAGUACAGAUUCUUCUGGAUGCUUUAGGCCAUGGCAACCCCAAAUACCAGAAUCAAGUGUACAAAGGGCUGAUUGCUCUUCUAAAGUGCACCUCUCCCAAAGCCCAGCAACUGUCCCUACAAACAUUGAGGACAAUACAGACAAUUGUCGGAGAUGCCCAUCCAAGUAUUGUGGACUCAGUGCUUAGUGUGCUCCGUUCUCUGCAUCUGGAGGUGCAACAUGAGGCGAUUCAACUGAUCAAGGACCUCAUGGCAUAUGAUGUGCGGCCAGCUUUGCUAAAAGGAUUGGUUGCAUUGCUAAAGCCAUCAAGACAGGAGACUGCCAAAAUGCAAGCCAGAAUUCUGGAAGAAGCAGGUACGUUACACCUGAUGGAGUCCUUGCCAGCAUAUAUUCAGCAAGCUGCCGCUGCCAAAGCCAUUGGAAUUCUGGCCCAAGACUCCAGAAAAGUGGCUGAGGAGCUGGUCUUCUUGAGAGUGGUGCAUGGUCUCAUGUGUGCCAUGGGCAACAAAGAUCACACUAACUGCCAGAGGCAGGCCAGCAUUACCCUAGAGCAUUUUGUAAGGAUGUUCAUAGUGGUGGAGAAUCAUACCCGGAGCGCCAUGGGAGAAAAAUUGUUUGAGCUCUUUAUGCAAGAUGCUACAAACUUGUACCUGAAUAUGGAUGCUGUGCAGGCUGUUAUCCUGGCCACCAAUAUAGUCAAUAUUCCAGAAUAUAUUUUGGCUCAGACAAAAAUGGAUAUUCCAGAGAGAAACUCAACUGCAGAAGAUGAACAGGAACAGCUGUCUCAAGAUAGCGAGUUGCUGCCUUAGUUAGCUACCUCUCAAUUGUCCUCAUUGUUCAUUUUCCUUUAUUUUUUCAUGCAUUCUAUUUCAGGCCCUACCACCCAUCCCCAUGAAAAAAAAGAUGCAAAGCUCCAAGUUCCUUAUGACAGGUGACUUUUGAGUCUCUGUCCCCAUCCCUUCUCUCAAAUCUCCUUAGUUUGGUUAUCAACCACCAGACACAUCAAAUUGCCAAUUGUUCUGCAACAGCUUUCUUCGCAACAACAUAAGCAUAGACUAACUUGUGUCACAGACUUAUGAAAAUAAGGAAUAAUCCCUUGUACAGCCACUUUGAGUUCUGAGGAGGAGAUAGGUUAUCUAUGUAAUAAAUAAAAACAGUACUGAAUAACUAAAUUUAAGUCUCUG